GGAGGAGGAAGAGGAGGAGGAGGAAGAGGAGGAGGAGGAGGCUGCGGCCUCCACCCCGCCAUGGACGACCAGGGCUGCCCCCGCUGCAAGACCACCAAGUACCGCAACCCGUCCCUCAAGCUGAUGGUCAACGUCUGCGGACACACGCUGUGCGAGAGCUGUGUGGACCUGCUGUUCGUGAGGGGGGCCGGCAACUGUCCCGAGUGUGACACCCCUCUGAGAAAGAGCAACUUCCGCGUGCAGCUCUUUGAAGACCCGAUUGUGGACAAAGAGGUUGAGAUCCGAAAGAAAGUGUUAAAGAUAUACAAUAAGAGAGAGGAAGACUUUCCGACGCUGAGGGAGUACAACGACUUCUUGGAAGAAGUGGAAGAAAUCGUCUUUAACCUGACCAACAAUGUGGACUUGGACAACACCAAGAAAAAAAUGGAGGCCUACCAGAAGGAGAACAAAGACGUCAUUCAGAAAAAUAAGCUCAAACUGACACGGGAACAGGAGGAGCUGGAAGAGGCUCUCGCGGUGGAGCGCCAAGAAAGCGAGCAGCGGCGACUCUUCAUCCAGAAAGAGGAGCAGUUGCAGCAGAUUCUGAAACGGAAGAAUAAGCAAGCUCUUCUCGACGAACUGGAGAAUUCGGAUCUGCCGGCGGCCCUGCUCUUGGCUCAGCACAAAGAGAAGUCGAACCAAGUGGAAAUGCCCCCGGAGAAACCAAAAUUAGUCAAACCAGUAACGUUUUCCACUGGCAUCAAAAUGGGUCAGCACAUUUCCCUGGCUCCUCUUCCGGUGCUGGAGGAGGUUCUGUAUGAGUACCAGCCACUGAAAAUAGAAACGUGUGGACCACAAAUUCCUCCGUUUGACCUGCUGGGAAGGCUCGGGUACCUGGACCACGUGCGCGCGGCCUCGCCGCAGGACCUGGCCGGAGGCUACACGUCCUCCCUGGCCUGCCACCGGGCCCUGCAGGAUGCCUUCAGCGGCCUGCUCUGGCAGCCGCGCUAGCCGCCGGGUGCCGGACCGGACCCCCUCGCCGGCCGCGGAGGCGGAAUGCCGGUGGGGCGCCGCCACCGCGGGCCGCCCCCGCACCCCCCUCCAGAGAACGGUGCCGGCGGCGGCACCGCGGAGGAGGAGGAGGAGAGUCUGGGCCCGGGUGGACCCCGGCCGAAGCGGCGGCCGUGAGCCACGCGUCUGGGAGAGAGGAAGAGCCUAGCUGGGGACUUUGGGCGAUUUCAGGCCCACGAGGACUUUUUUUUAAUAAAGCUAGACUUCCUAUUA